CCACCCCCCCCCCAACCACUGGUAAUUCAUGGCAGCUUCACACAUUCUGGCUCCCUCUGCAAGAAGGUCCCCAAAUGCGGCCCACGAGCCGGAGGGAGAGGACUGGAGCAUCAGAGCAGAUCCGGCCGGGCACUGGCCUGGGUGAAGAGAGGAAAAGCUGAGGCCGCACCCAGGUCCCGGCUGUGGAGGGCGCUGCUCCUUCCCCAACUUCAUACUGCUCUACCAAGAAACUUCAGGUCACCCCUGGCAUGCCCCCAGAACCCUGGGAGGAGUAAGUCCUUUACAGGCAUGGGGUUGUUCCCUGUUAACACACCCUCCACAUCCUUCCCCACCAUUCCUGUGGCCUGCCUAAUGAGGGCCUGUCAACCAGCCCAAGGGCUGAGUCACCCACACCGGCAGGUCUCCUCUCUUCCUUCUCCAACAACUGUUCCAAAAGUUGCCUUUCAAUUAGCACUACCUCCCUGGGCUCUUCCCAUAGCCGGCUGGGGCUAGGGAGCCAGGCAGGCCUGCUGGGGUCACAGUGGCGGUGGAGCUUUGACUGGAAAGGAAGUAACCUGGUGACACACCGGGCAGGGCUGUCCCCAGACCACUCCCCAGAGGAAUCUGAAGCGUCCUACUGCCCUGGGGUGUUGGUCACAGCUGCCCCAGUCCCAGCCUGCGGAUGCUGCAAUUACCUCAGAGCAUGAAACCAGCUUCCCACCUGACUGAGUCAGCUGAAAACAAAACACAUCUCUACCACACGCUGGCACAAACAGCCAAGCCACUAAUCAGAGUCCCCAGAUGCUGGCAGAGAGAGCACAGUCCCACACUGGCCAGGAGAUCGGCACAUGCCAUGAACUACCAGAGAGAGGGUGCCGCUGCCUGAAGAAGUGCAUGCUCCCCUCCGGAGGUCCUGCCCUGCCCACCAAGCCCUCGCCUUGUUUGACCCCGGCUCUGCUUUGCGGGGACUCCCAGCACUCGGAUCUCCCGGACAAACUCUCCCUCCUGCCAGUCUUGUCUUACCAUCCAAGAUGCAACAAGACAAAGGACCACACUGAGCAGAAACGCACAGCCUCUGCUCCUAGCCCUUGAGGGGUGUCUCCCCAGUUUCUGGCUCCAGUCCGCUAGCAAAUGGUCACAAGCUGCUGCUGAGCCCCUCUGUGGGGUUUCUCAGAUGCCGGACCUGUUGGCUGACUUAGGAGCUCCAUGGAGACCUGGCGGAAAGGCUCCUUCCGCAAUGCCUCCUUCUUCAAGAGGAUGACCCUGGGGCGACCACGGCGACUGCGGCGGCAGGGCAGCACACUCAGCCAGGCCAGCACUGCUGGUGGUGACCACGAGGAGUACAGCAACAGAGAAGUCAUCCGGGAACUUCAAGGGAGGCCAGAUGGCCGGCGUCUGCCCUUGUGGGGGGAUGAGCAGCCCCGAGCCACUCUGCUGGCCCCACCCAAGCCCCCACGUCUCUACCGAGAGAGCUCCAGUUGCCCCAAUAUUCUGGAACCCCCAGCAACCUUCACUGCCGCCUACUCGGCCACCCUGCCUUCAGCCAUCUCCCUGACAGGCCCUCUCCACCGAUGCUCACAAGAGGACCUUUUGGAUACUCCCCAUUUCCCAAGGACACCUACUCCGGACCUCAAUGACCCUUUCUUUUCCUUCAAAGUGGACCUGGGGAUUUCACUUCUGGAGGAAGUUCUACAGAUGCUGAAGGAGCAGUUUCCUAGUGAGCCCCACUUCUGACCCCAGAGAGGGCAGAGAGAACUGAGGUGACUGGAGCCUGGAAGACCUAGGCAGGUAAAGUGUGGAUUAUGGAGCAGGAUGAGACAUUAGCAACAGUGCAGCCGCCCCUGGCUGCUGAGCAAUCCUCCAGGGCACCCAGAGGGAAGGGACAGACGCCAGCUGGGAAAGUAUGGGGGUCACUAUCUGGCAGGAGCCCUGAAGGAAGCUGGAAAGGUCAGGAAAAGGAAGCCACACCUGCAACCACAGGAACUGGUCAGAGGUCAGGGAAGAGACAGGGUGGCACGGGGCGAGUCAGGAAGUAGGACUCAGACUGGGCAGGACACACAGUGCUCUGCACCAGCCUCUAGAACCACUGUCAACAGAGAAAUCAUAGAUUACAUCUAGGAAGACGCAGUCUAACUGAGAUUAAGAGGAAAGCCAGAGAGAACAGAGGUAGAAAAGCCACCGCUCACUUCCUAUGAUUGUUUAAUUGAAGUUAAAGCAAGUUCGGUUCCAGAGGCUGGAGAAAUGGCUCAGUGGGUAAAGAGUUUGUAUGCAGGCAGGAAGGCCUGAGUUCAGACCUCCAGUACCCACAUGAUAAAAGCCAGGCAAGUGUGACAGCCUGCCUGGAAUCCCAGCAUUCAGGAUGCAGGCACCAGGGGUCCCAGGGGCAGGCUGGCUGGCUAGACUAGUCAGAUUGGCAGACUCCAGGUCCAGCAAGAGCCACUGUGCCAGUAAUGAAAAGUGAAGAGCAAUUGGAGAUAACUGACAUCAACCUCUGACCUCCACUUGUAUGUGCAUGUGCACAUGUGCAUGCACACACACACACACACACGUGCACACACACACACUCAAACAUACACUACAUAGACACAAACACGAAAGAAAAAAAUCAGAUCCUUUUCCCCUUAGCCAAUUUUUGUUUGUUUUUGAGACAAGGGCUCUUACGUGGUAAGGGUGGCCUUAAACCUGAUGCUCCUCCUCCACUCCCGAGUGCUGGGCUUGCAGGCAUGUGCCGCCGCACCCAGCUGCUCAGGCCGCGCUGGGACCCAAACCCAGAACUUCACGCAUGCCAAGCAAGUAUUCUACCUAAACAAGCCACAUGCCAGCCCUCUAGCCACAUUUUAAAGAUAUUUUUAAAAAUUAUUUUUAAGUGUGUGUGUGUGUGUGUGUGUGUGCGCGCGCACACAAGUGUAUGCAGGUGCCUACAGAGGC